CAGCCGAGAUCGCCGCUGCUCCGCCGUAUUCUAUCGGUUAGUUUCGCCCAGUGGUGGAAGUGAGCAUGCGCGGUAUGAGUUGGGCUGGAAAAGGCUGAGAAGAGGAGCCUGAAAGGUGAAGUAGAAGAUACAUUACUGUUCAGUUCUGGGUAACGGAACACCAUGGGAAGUGUGUUCCUUUCACCAAACCAAGCCAACUCUAUUCUGCAAAGGUUUCCUCGGGCAAACAGUUUUCUUGAAGAAAUCAAGCAAGGCAACCUUGAACAAGAAUGUCGUGAGGAAAUCUGCAGCUAUGAGGAAGCCAGAGAGGCUUUCGAAAAUGAUGAGAAAACGAAAGAAUUUUGGGAUGAAUACAUCAAGAAUCCAAAUAGUGGGAAUGGCCCGGAUUCACAAGGGAAUCGUUUUCAGUCUGUCUACCUGAUUGUGCCCUUGUUGGCUGGUUUGCUUGUGAUCUUGAUAAUGCUGGUAGCAAUUUGGAGGUGUCACUCACGGAAGCUUUUUCAAAGAGGAUCAACAUUUAGCCAGCGACGGCAGCAAGCAAACCAAAUGGAUCGAAAUCUGUCUUUGGUGGCCAUUGACCAAGUUAACAUUCCUUAUCACCCCGACUCAUCCCCUCAGUCAGAGAUAAGUGGCAACAGUGGCAUGACUUUGGCUUACAUGGGUGUUGACCUUGGUCCCACUAGACUUUCUGCUGGGGAUCCACCUCCUUCAUAUGAAGAAGCCACUGGGCAGACUGAUGUUCAAAUAGAAACUACACAUGCCCAUGCAGACCCUCCACCUCAAUAUGAAGAAAUAAUGUCCACAAGUAUGAGCUCCAAUGUCAUUAUGAGCAAUGUUAAGUAACCUGACUGUGAACCUCUUUUCAAGAAGCCAUUUUUGCACACCUCAGCACUAAUCACAUUUUCCUGAAAUAUUGGAACCUUUAUGCAAUAUCAUUCUUACACAGGUUAGGUCUGUUACUGUGCUAAGUGGAGUGCUGUGACCUUUCAGCGGGGCUAAAUGGUGGCUUCAGAUAACCUAAUCUCAUUCGGUUGGCUCUAUACUUGUGUAAUUUUAGAUGCCAAUGAGAUUUGCAACAUAGUAAGAAAGAUCACUGCUGGAAUGUGGUCUUUUGCUGGGCAACCUAAAAAUAGAAGGGUGUUCAGUUUUUUGUUUUAAAUCUACUUUGUUACUUUUGCAGAGAAGAAACAGAAGUAAUUUUACUUGGUAGCAGGAGGCAAUUUUAGAUAACUAUAUUUGUGGAAAUCAGAUUUCAGUUUUUCUUAAGUAUAUAACGUCAUAUUAAAAGAAUAACUCCAUAGAUUAUGGUGAAGAUCUCAUGUUUUUAAUUUGUGACAUGCAUGUAGGGAAAUAUAAACUAAUUGUGAUUAGUUUUGAUUUAAAAGUGUUGAAUCUUUUAGUCUAGUUUUAUUCAAACAUUUAAGUAUUGUAUCCAGUUUUUUAUUUUGUUUAUAUUAUCAUAUAUAAGGUCAUACAUUCUUUAUGAUAUUAAGAAUAUAAUCUCAGAUGUUUGUGUUGGAUUUUACAUUGAAAUUAAUUGACAAGCUAAUAUCUGAAGAGUCUACAAACAUAACAAAUGUGCUUUUGAUUGAGCAUACUGCCUUGCCUCAAGUGCAAGUCACAAAGAUAAAUGUGGUCUGGUAGGUGAUGGUAGUCAUUAGUAAAUUUAUAAAGCAAUAGUCAUUUUAAUUUUUGACCAUUGAUUAAGUUCUUCAUCAGGUCAUUACUCUCUAGUUAAUACCAUGUGUAUAAAAUUACCAGAAGAAAGGAAAGAACUAAUCAAUUCAAGUUAAGUCAUAUAAUGACCAGUUUUGAGAAGUUUGCCCUAAUCCUUGUCCGGACUGCUGUUUUUUUAGUUUCAACUCAAAAUUUCAGUAAUUUUAAGCAGCCCCCUUGAGUUUCAGUGUUAAAGUCAUUUUAAAUUAUCUUGUUUGAAAUAAUGAACAAAGCUGCACUCAAGAAAUAAAGGUAAGCGCCAACUGUUACCUUGACAUAAUCUGUGCACUCUAGCCAAGAUCCACAUUUGUCAUGUCUAGUUAUUAGUUUAUUAAUAAUAGUACUAGUAGUAUUUUCACAUGCAUAGAGUACAGCAAAUUUUUUACCUGCAUGUCCUGCCUAUAUGUAUUAUGUCACUGUUGCGUCAAAGCCAGCAGACAUAAGAGACUUCCAAGAGCUUGCUUUCUUUUUUCAAAGACCAUAGACGGCAGGUUUAUUAAUAGAAACUUUACAGGAUCUACUGUUUUUAUUUCUACUCAGCUAUUUAACUAGCACUGAAUUUAUACUUUUAUAUUAAUUGUUUGCUUUUCUACUAUUGGGUUGGUUUUUUUUUUGGCUAGAAGGGCCCAAGUAUAAAAUUAUAACAAACAAAGAUCGAACAACUGUUCAGUGGACACAACAGUGAGUUUUUUUUUUCUUCUAUAUAUAUCAUCAUCAUCAUGAUCAUCACAGGUUUAAUUGUCAUUUUCUUGGUUCACCUAGAUUAGUCUGCAGCCACCCAAAUCUUUCUCGUCUAUUAUCAGCGGUCCUAGGCAUCCUUUGGGGUGGGACACUUUCUUUAAAUAUCAUAUAACAUCACUGCUAACCACUUUUUUUUUUUUUUUUUUUUGUCCUCAUCACCAAUAAUCCUCUGCCCUUUACAUGCUCCUUAUAAAAUAUCUAAUGAUAUGUGGAGCAAAAGUACAUCCUGCUACAGACGUGAUCAUUUGUACUUACAAAUUUUCCAUAGAGUGAACACAGUUUAAAAAAGAAAAUGACAAAAAACCAAAACUUUAAAGUUAAAAAAAUGUACACCACUGAAAUGGAAAAAGUGCUGAAAGGAAUUACUCGCAAAUCUGAUUGAUAAGCUCUGACAUGACCCAGUGGAGGCAAGAUGACAGUUAAAGAGAUUUCGACAUAAAAGUCUAGGAAAAACAUGUACUAUUAAGUAUUGUAUGAGCUGCCCACUUAAAGAAAACGAAGUAAAUGGCAUUGAUGUCCAAGUAUAGGUACAUUUUACAUGUAUGUGUUUUAUCAUUGGCUUAUUUUCAUUUACUGAAUAUAAUCCUGCUCAUAUUAAAUUGCUUAAUGCUUUAAAACAUAUAACGGUUAGGUGUGAAAAAUAAUCUACUUGGAAUGGAACUGAUGAGGGAAGGAAAAACAACUCAGUCUUUAAAAAGUACCUACAGGGUUCAUGCUACAGACCUUAUAGACAAAGAUUUGUGGUGUUUUGAGGUUUCUUUGAUUGAGCAACUCUUUUUCUGGGCAAUAACCUCUGAAAUAAAGUUUCUCAAUUCUCAAGUUUUUGAGAAUGAAGGGGUCCUAAAUGAGUGAAAACUAAAUAUUUACAGUUAAAGCAUAAUAAUUGAAUGCCUCAAACCCUCAGUUUUUUUCUUUAAAUAGUGGGUGAAAUCUGAGGUCUCUUAUUUAAAUAAAGUGACAGGGUGGUGCAGUGACUAGCUCUGCCCCCUCAUAGCUCUGGACCUGGUUUUGAGCUCUGGCCAGGCACUAACCCUAUUUGGGAUUUUGUUUCCAGUGUCAGUCUAUAUUUAAGAAUGCACUGUGGUGAACUGCCUGGCAUACUACCCAGAAAUGGAGUUUGUCUUGCUGUAAUUGCUGCAAAUAUAGGCUCUGGGUGUAGACUUUAUGAUUUUUUUUUUAAAUCCUUAAAAAAAAAAAAAAAAUGACAAAGAUAUGCCUUUUGUCAAUAUUUAGUACAGAAAUAUGCAACCUACUUCCAGGAAUAGCCACAGAACUUCUAUUUAUCUUGGCACAUUAAUAAUUCAGAAAGAAAUGAAACAAGCAAGAUCUUGAAUGGAUGGGGGUGAGGGAGCUCUUUCAUGAGCUAUUAUUUUGAAGCUGACGUAGACAUUUAAGAUGUAUGUUGACUUACCCCACUUAAUUCUUAUUUUAAUGGAUGCCUGACAUCACUGUAGCAGGCUAAAGAUUAAUAAGUUAUGAAUUGAACACAAAUUAUAAUGUUGGCAUAUCUUCCAGAACUUUUGAAUCAUAGAAACUAAAACUGUAUACUUGUAUAAGAUCUAAAUAUAAUGUUUUUGUGACUAGCCAAAGCAGGUGUGCUGUAUGUGAACUAAGCUAAGUAAAGCAGGUGAAUCAGAUAGGGUCCCCUUGGUCAUCCCUUUGUGGCCCACAGAAACUUGUUAAUAAUGACGGGUACACUCGCCUAGACUUUAUCACCUGACUGUGCCACUCUGCUUUUGACAAAAGUCAGACAAUUGUGAAAAAGAAAAUGCACAACAACCACGCAUUCCUAAGCACAGUGGGGCUUGUGGUUCAAGAUCAGAAUAUAGGUGGCUGUGUUUUGAAAUGAAUUGUUGUAGUCUUAGACAGAACUGUUUUAUUAAUUCCUUGAAGGAAUAAAAAAAAAUAUUUAACGCUUAAGAAUUCAUGCUGAAACAAGUCUUUUAAUUCCCUAAUUUGUUUUUUUUUCCUAAAUUAAAGUUUAAACAUAUAAGUAAACCCCUUCUUUAAUAUAAGCUAUUACAAUGAGCUCUCAAGCGUGGGUGAGGAGAAUGCCUGAGAGUGUCCUGGAUUCAAAUCCCACAUCCGGUCAUUAUCCAUAUAGAGCUUGGAUGGUCACCCUGGGUCUUGAAUGGGUGUUUUUUUUGCCCAUAUCCCAAAGACCUGCAGAUUAGAUUAAUUGAUAAUUCAAAACUGGCCCUAUUAUGUUCCCUGUUUAGUGCUCAGGCUGCAAUGCUCCUCUAGACCUAAUUUGGAUUGUGUGGUUUUGACACUUUUACAUUAUGCCAUAGAGACAUAAAUGAUUCAACUUUUUUUUCGUAUGUACUUUUUAAAACAAAAUCUUCUUGGGCCUUAUUUGAACAAUUCUUAACUUUCUUAAUCGGUGCUGUGAUAAAAGCGUGCAAUAGACACAUAUAACUUUUUUAGUUUGAUUAGUGGAGGUUUGCAAAAUUAGAGGCAGUGUAGGUUAAAUAUAUUUGUUUUUACUGAUCAUUUUCAGAUGAUUUCAUUGUCUCUUUGUUGCUGGAAUCAGCACUUGCUUCCUAAAGAGUAUAUAAAAAAUAUGUAAAUAAUUGCACUGUAAGUGGAGUAAAACAGUGGUGCUGAGCACUUUUACUUCACAGCUCCAAAGUCCUGGAUUCAAAUCCUGGGCACUAUUAAUGUGUUGCUUACACAUCCUAACAGUUUCCUCCUGUAUUGAAAGACAUGACUGUUAAGAGAUCUGGAAACUCUAAAUUGAAAGAGUGUGUAUGUGAGUGUGCCCUGUGGCAGAAUGGUUCCUCUUCUAAGGUUGGUUUCUACCGUGUGCCCAGUUCUGCCAGAAUAGGUGCUACUCAUCUCAAUCGUGAACUGGAGAAUUAGGUUACAGGAUAGAUGAAUGAGUUGUAAGCUGUCUUAGGCAAUAAUCUUUUCCAGUAGGAUUGAACAUUUUGGAAUAUAGAAAGAUGCAUUUUAGGUUGGGCUUUGCUAACAGGUAAAACACUGAGAGCAGCCCUAUCACUUUUCUUCACCAUCUUCAUUUCCUCUUAAUUGCUGCUUCACUUUAACUUUAACCCCCCCAAACCAAAGGGCAUAUUCUAGGUCUACAUAGUUAAAUGUUAACAUGUUGUAGUAUUUUUGAUACAAUAUCCUAUUUACACCUUGCUAAAGAGAUUGGGGGGAGGGGUGAUAUAAAUUAAGACAUAGUAAUAUAGUUAUGUUUUUGAGAUUUCUGUUGGAAUGAAUACCAAUAAGCAGGAUACUUGUAAAUGAUGUAUUUGCCUUGUUAUGUGUUGUUUAAUUUACUUUCCACAAAAAAAAAACACUAAACCACUGCUGUUGUGGCUUUAAUCACAAUGUUUGUUUUGUGUUGCAUGACAAUAUAAUACCCACAGUUCUGCAUUUUGUACUUUUUCAUCAUUUUCAUCAUCAUUACUGGUUUCAAAACCAUUUUCUGAGUUUACACAGGUUAGCUAAAGAAGGAUGACAUCAGAAAAGGUGCCAAGCCUUAAACAUUUCUGCUGCAAUACUCCCUUGUUGAUGUGCAUUUCAUAUUUAUCACAGGAUACACAAAUUUGUAAUGGCACAAAAAUAAUUACAGCUUCUACAGAUUGUGUCUGAAAGGCAAGGAUGCUGAGCAAAUGAGUAAUGCAUAAAUGGUAUACAAUAAGAUUCAUUUACACUGGUUACACAAGGUCUGCUAUGUGGGUCAAACACAUCGAGAUAUCGGGGUGUCUGCUCCAAAUUAGCAAUAGUUUUUUGUAAUCAUUUUGAAGCAUCCAUGGGAGUAAUGGAUAUCUAUAAAUAUAUCAAGGAUUUAUUUUCUGUUAAUCAUCAAAUCACAUAUUUUUGUAAACUGUUCAUUUUCUGAGACCAAUCCACUAAUUAUAUAUUCUUUACUUGUGCCAAAAUUGGCACAUUAAUUUAUGAAAAAUUUAAAAUGGGCUUCACUCUUAAUUUUAACAUGCUUUCAACCCAGUGAGAUUUCAAUUUCCUUACUGGAUUUAAAAAACUGUUCAAAGUUGUUUUCUUAUUAGCUUGUUUGGUUGUUUUGCUUUUAAAAACAAGCUUCACCUUGUAAGAUGAUAUGUAACAUUUUCAGUGCACUGAAUUAAAUGUAUCUAACCAAAAAGCAACAUUCUACUGAAAAAAUAUUGAGAUAUAUAUAUAU